UUAAACCCUCGGCGGAGGUGCAGCGUCUUCCGCGGCCGGGCGAGGUGAGGUGAGGGCGAGUGUCCGCGGACGGCGGGCGGCGCGCGUCUCCGUGGGCCCGCGCCCCACUCACGGCCGCACUUCCUCCGCAGGCUCCUCCCGGGAAGCCGAGAUGGACGCGGCCGGGGAGGAAGGUGUUCUUUUGGCUGAUGAAAAAUUUGACUUCGAUCUUUCACUGUCUUCUUCAAGUGCAAAUGAAGAUGAUGAAGUCUUUUUUGGGCCUGUUGGGCACAGAGAAAGAUGUAUUGCUGCCAGCUUGGAAUUAAGUAGUCAGAUUGCUGCACCGCCUCGCUUGCCAGCAUGUGACAGUGCCUGCGCUUUGAGCCCUCUCUCGGCAGAGAAGUUUGUGGAAGUGUACAGAGAGGCUCGCUUGCUGGCUUUGCAGCUGGAACGCCACAGCAGAGAAGAGGCCCAGGCUGCCGAGCCGGGAAGCUCUUCGAGCCAGGGCGUGGAAAGAUUCAUCCAGGAAUCAAAAUUAAAAGUGAAACUCUUUGAGAAAGAACAGGAAAUGGAGAAGAGCCCCAAGUCACUUAAAAGAGAGACAUACUACUUGUCAGACAGCCCCUUUCAGGGGCUGCCAUCCUCUGGGGAGCCCCUGUUCCAAGCCUCCCCCCAAGCCCUGCCCAGUGCUCCUGUUCAGGUGGGCCCUGUCCUGACACAGGGUCCGCCCCCCUCCUCUCGUCCUUUGCUAGGGGAGCCAGCUGCUGUCCACCCUUCGGAUCAGGCAGUACCUCAGAAGAGGGUUGUCAGCAAGCUGCAGCUGCCUCGAGCUUCAUUUGUGAGAGGACGGCACCUGCCCAGCGCCAUAGAAAAGCCCAAGACAGAGGUACCAGCUAUUCCUUCCACGGUGAAACUCCUCAAUGAAAAGCGAUCUCACGGGGAUGUGCUCCUGGACAAACCCAGCAAGGCUCUGGAUGAGGUCAGCUUUCCAGCUCAUGGAAGACACCUGGGCCAAGGCAAGCGAUCACUCCCCGUUCCCAGCAAGAAGACCCUGUUAAAGCCACCUGGCUAUACUGGCAGUCUCACAAGGAAAUCCUCUUCUUCUGGGUCUGUUUCCAGCAGCACAUCCAGUGUGUGUGCGUCUCCAGCAGCAGGUAAAGCUGAGUCAGGUGAACUCGCAGGUAUUCCUGGCAGCAGCUCCCGGCCUCUGUCAAACGCCAGCAAGCCAAGCAGAAUGGCAUCGGCCAUGCUGCGCCAGUCUCUGCCAGUAGCCCCCGCUGGGACUUCCUGCAGGCAAGCAAGGAGGGCCGACGCUGCUGAGUCCAUGGCAGAGCAACCCCAGGCUCCCAGCACAGCCCCUCUCCCUCUGCCCCAGACCCCAGGAAGUGGAGGCCUGAGGCUGGACCCUAACUCCAUUUUGUCACCCUCUUCUCAACCAAAUAAAACUGCAAGUGUAAGAAGGCGAGCUUCCUAUCUAAAUUCCAAGACAAAGGCCAUGCCCACCCCUUCAAAUACAUCUAAAAUGCUCAAGUUUUCUAUUGGAGACUCCCCAGACGGCAGGAUGCCAAGGUCCUCCCAGGCACAGCAGCUGCAGUCAUGCUUCUCGGUUGGCAGGGUGGUUGCUCACAGCACUCCUGCAAGACGUUCAUCAGGGCCAGCUUCACAAAGCCUGUCCAGCAGCAGAGGGACCCCUAUGAGUGCACGACGGGUGUCAGCACUGCCCACACCUGGGGGCUGGCGCCUCUCUGGCCUUCUGACAACUCCCAAAACCUUGCCCCGAGCUCUGGCUUCCCCGCUCUGUGUGCCUGCUCGGAGACUCUCUUCUGAGCCUCGGAAAAGAUCUGCAGUGAGGACUGAGCCUACGAGGGACAACAACAGGAGGACUGGUGGUGGGCAGGCAGGCCUGUCACCUGAUCACAGCUUUUCUGCUCCAUCCUCUGUGCCUCAGACACUUCAUUUUUCUGCAGAAAAGAAUGACUCUCCUUUCUCACAAGACUUCACAGGAGCAGAUCAGGUUGAGGCAAAGCCGAGGGAAGACACCUGCCCUGGGGAGGCUCUUCUCAUAGACGUCGGGCUGGGCCAACUCGCUAUCACUUGUGGAGCAGAAAGCACACCCCCGGCCGACCUCCUUCUCAUCGACUUCUCCAGUCCUCCUCAAGCAGAUGUGGCUUCAGGGCCUGCCAGCAGACCCCUGACUGACCUCACCACCAACACCCCGGACAUGCUCAGAAACAGUGCAUCCAAACCUUCACAGGCGGAGGGACAGCUGAUCGACCUGGGCUCGCCUCUGAUCCAGCUGAGCCCUGAGGCUGACAAGGAAAAUGUGGACUCCCCACUUCUCAAGUUCUGAUGCAGUAAGGUCCUGCCUUUUCGUCUUUGUGAAAGAACAGUCAUAAAGUGGCUUUCGAACCAAAUUUUAGAAGAAACUUCAUUUGACUUACACAUUUUUUUUUUAAAUCCUAAAUACACUCCCUGCGCAGCAGGUAGGGUGAGGGACAGGGGCUGUUGGGUGUGGACCUGGGUCUCUCCUGCUUUCUCCUCCCUGCCUUCCCACUAGACUAGAAUAUUAACAUCUAAAUUGAGGAUUUUUGUUGAGAAUUGUAAAAUAGCAAGU